AUGCGAGCCAUAGCUGACGAUCUUGCCUUGGCUCAGUGUCCGGUGUCUGAGGAAGAUUUGCUCGUGUACAUUCUGACUCAGCUAGGAGAGGAGUACAACUCCAUUAUUUCUGCAAUCCGCAUUCGUGAAAAACGUCUCUCGUUGGGUGAGUUAGCCGAUGUCCUAACAGACCAUGAACGUCAAUUGAAGGACGCAGAUGAUUCACGCCAGUUGUUAGCAACUGCCGAUGCUACCCAGCGGACUUCGUCCCUUCGGAACAACCGACAAUUGAACUUCAAUCGAAAUGCCCGUACCAAUACUAACAACUACGGAGCCAACAGAUUGACUUGGCAACAAGGCGGCACUAAUCGGCCCACUGUUAGCUGCAAGUUUUGUAACUUUGCAGGUCAUGAAACGAAAGUUUGCCGCAAGCUUGCUAGGUUCCUGAAAGAGCAUAACAUCCUCACCGCCCAGAUGCCGCCUAUAGUCCAGUCCGCGCAGGAUCUUCAAACCGGGACUACGCUACUGAAGGGAGUGAACAAUAAUGAUGUCCACUAUGGACCUGUUGCUUCUCACCCAAUUGUACACACUACGCAAUUGUCCUCUCUGUCUCAAUGGCACCAACAGUUUGGCCAUCCGUCCAAUAGGCUGUUGCAACACUAUAAUGUUCCAGUUUUUAUGUCAUCUCUGCGACAAUUCUACUAA